GAGUUUUGAAGUUAACAUAAAGUUGUUGCCACCUUGGUGCAGAAGCGGAGCGGUGUUUGUUGUUUUAUUAAUAUUGUGAAGUACAGGCGAACCAUAAACCCUCGGCUGCGUAUAUAUCGCAGCUCUUAAACUUAGAUAUAAACUUAAAGACAAAAAAGUUAAAGACAAUUAAAGAUAAAGCACGCUUACUGGCCUGCAAAAUCAACCAAAACCGGACAGACGUUUUUAAUUGCAGACCAGACAACACGCCGGGACCAGAGCUAAUAACUUAUUAGAAUAACGUUUGCACGUGAACACUAGUGAGCAUCGAGGUUGAUAUCCGACGUCAUGCACACAUCUUUUUUUUUUUCUUUACCUUUUCGUUUGUACAACCAGGAAGUAGUUGAGUCCUCCGCGCAUGCGCAGUCGUGCAGUAGUGAAACGUCUCCCGACAGGUGUCUCCGCAACAUUUGACGAUGUCCUCCGACUCUUGUCCAGGAGCCGCUGAGCACUCCGGGCUGCUGAAGCUUUACUCCGCCAUGUUCUACGCCGGCAGUUCGUUCGUCAUCACGGUGGUGAAUAAAACGGUGCUGACGAGCUUCAGAUUUCCCUCCUACAUGUGUCUGGGAAUUGGCCAGAUGCUCGCCACACUUGUUGUCCUUUAUGCUGCCAAAAUGAGCAAAAGAGUCCAAUUUCAAGAUUUUGAUAGAAGUAUUCCCUUUAAAAUUUUCCCGCUUCCUUUGCUUUUUAUUGGGAACCAUAUAACAGGACUGGCAAGCACCAAAAAACUCAGUUUACCCAUGUUUACAGUACUUCGGAAAUUCACCAUUUUGAUGACGAUGACCUUGGAAGUAUAUAUAUUAAGAAAAACAUUCCCCAAACGCCUCGUGUACAGUGUUGUGACCGUAGUCCUCGGUGCCAUGGUUGCUGCCUGUUCAGACCUGGCCUUUGAUCUGGAGGCCUACUCCUUCAUCCUGCUCAAUGACGCCUUCACCGCGGCGAGCGGCGUGUACACCAAGCAGAAGCUGGACACGGAGGGCCUCGGGAAGUAUGGUGUCUUAUUUUACAAUGCACUAAUCAUUGUCAUCCCCACCUUCUUGGCAAGUGCUUUAACUGGAGAUCUACAGCAGGCGGUCACAUUUCAGGACUGGGUUGAGGUCACUUUUAUUUUUUGCUUCCUCAUGUCCUGCUUCAUGGGGUUCGUGCUGAUGUAUUCCAUAGUCCUGUGCAGCUACUAUAACUCUGCACUCACUACAACAGUAGUGGGGGCAAUAAAGAAUGUUGCAGUAGCGUACAUCGGCAUCUUCGUGGGUGGAGACUACCUGUUCUCUUGGACCAACUUCCUAGGCCUCAGCAUUUGCAUGUCAGGUGGGCUCAUGUACUCGUAUCUCACCUUCAUCGACAAGCCGCCUGGAAGCAACGCAGGAGGAUCCCCACAGCUGAAGAUUCAGACGUAGAAGCUUCUACGGGGACGUUCUCUGCAAACUAAACGUGCGGCGUUUUAGCUCUCGCCGUCGGGUGGCAUCGAUGCUCCAUAUUGGAGCGUGGUUUUACACUUUUAUUUCUAAGAUCGGUGGACUGCACUCGUACAGCGCUGCUGUUGUCUGCCGCUUGCUACACGUCAUUUGCCAUGCUGAUUAUCCCGAUUGAAGGCCGUCCCCGCGCUUUGCCUGUCCAAGUGCAUACGUUUGUUUAAAAUCAAGGAAGUGAUUUACAAAAAAAGAAAAAGAAAAGAAUUGUCAUUGAUGCAAUAAAACUUUCAUUUCAAUUUUAAACAGUGACUGAAUAACUUCAGAAGACGUUGAAUGUUAUGAGUCAGGAUGGGUGAAUGUUUAUUGAAAACCAACAAUUGUAUAACAGUGUUGACAGCCGCUCAGAGAGAUCUUACCUAUUAACAUGUGUAAUUAAAUGUCUACCAAGCAAGCAGGGUCACUCUACAUAUGUCAAAAACAUGGCAACUGUUGGGGGCUGUUAGCGGAGGGGAAAACUGAAAACUAAAAUUGAACCUCAGAGCUCUCCUGUAAAUUGUGCACACUCGAUAUUCUAACAUAAUGUGAAUAUAUAUUUAUAUAUUAAAUGCCAUAAUCUUCUCAAACCACAAAACUACAGGUUAGAAAUGCUCAAAAAUAUACUAUAAUUGGGUAAAAAAUAAAUCAUUUGGCGUCUUGAUUAUCCACAUUUCUCUUGCUUUCCAGUUUCACCGUAAAUCCAUGCGAGUCAAAUGUCAAAGGGCCAGAGUGACCGGGAUGUGAUGAGAGGCUUCUUACAGUGUUGAAAGAUGUAGUGUUGCUCUAAAAAAAAAAA